AUGAAGAUUAAGGUAGGUUGGGUGCUGGUCGUUGCUCUGCUUGUAUCCGUCUUUUUUGCUCCAACUGCAUAUGCCGUGUGGCGCAAUAAGAAUACUGAAGUAGCCAACUUUGCCUCUGUUGCCGACGAUCAUGAUGGUAAUGAUGAGGAAGAUGGGUGCACAGGUUCAGUAUGCAAUAUAGUCCAGUUCCCUUGUCAUGAAGGCUGUGUUUGCGUCCCCAUUGGAAUGUUACCUAUAGGGAUCUGCGCUGGUACCUGUUGUGGUACUCCCUCUCCUUCUCCGUCUCCAACACCACCGUCGCCUCCCGAACCACCGUCACCUGCUCCCAAGCCACCGACACCACCUCAUCCUAGUCCACCAGCACCUCCCAAGCCACCCACGCCUCCUCAUCCUAGUCCACCAACGCCUCCCAAGCCACCGACGCCUCCUCAUCCUAGUCCACCAGCGCCUCCCAAGCCACCGACGCCUCCUCAUCCUAGUCCACCAGCGCCUCCCAAACCACCAAACCCUCCUCAUCCUAGUCCACCAACGCCUCCUCAUCCUAGCCCACCAGCGCCUCCUCAUCCUAGUCCACCAACGCCUCCUCAUCCUAGUCCACCAGCGCCUCCCAAGCCACCAUCACCUUGUCCAACUCCACCACCUCAUCCCUCUGAUGCUAGCGCACUGUCUUCCGAAGCCACUGUUGUUGCCCAAGAUGGAUUGGGAGACUUUGUAUCUAUUAUGGAUGCAGUCGACGUUGUACCGGAGAACAGCCACAAUUGCGUUAUUAGGAUCAAGACGGGAGUUUAUGACGAGAUUGUUACUGUGGGAAAGAAGAAGUGCAAUGUGGUCUUUAUUGGUGAUUGUGUUAAGACCACAGUAGUCAUAGGCAACAGAAGCAAUAUCAAAGGAGUUCGCACUUUCGAAAGUGCAACUUUAGUGAUCGAGGGAGACGGCUUCUUGGCUACUGGGAUCACGUUUGUGAACAUGGUCGAGCCAGAAGCAGGGCAGGCUGUUGCAGUCCGGAUCAGUUCUUACCAUACCGCAUUCUACAGAUGUAGGAUUGCCGACUUCCAGGACACCUUAUACACGCAGGAUGGUGUUCAGUUCUUCAAAGAGUGCGAGAUCUAUGAUACAAUAGAUUUUUGGGCAUGCUAG